AGAGUUCCCAGUGGGAAAUCCCGCUGCCAAGAAGUCACUGGCUGCUGUCAUUAUUUUAUUUUUGCUUGGCGGUCUCUAGAACAAAGCUCCAAUUGACCCUUUUCCCUUGAGACCACCGCUCCCAGGAGCUCUCCCAGCCCUGGACAAGCUUCUCUCCUCCUCCAAACAGGUGGUUGCCAAGAGGGGCAAGGAUUACAUCCUGAAGCACGUCCCCAACAUGCACAAGGACCAGUUUGCCCUGACGGCCUCAGAAGCCCACCUCAAGUACAUCAAGGAGGCCGUCAAGCUGGACGACGUGGCCGUGCACUACUACAGGCUGUACAAGGACAAAAGGGAAGUGGAGGCCUCCCUGACUCUGGGGCUGACAACACGGGGCAUCCAGAUUUUCCAGAACCUGGAUGAGGAAAAGCAGCUGCUCUACGACUUCCCGUGGACAAACGUGGGGAAACUGGUUUUUGUGGUGAGUGCCAUCAUCUCCACCUGGAGCACGGCUUCCAGCUCCGGGGUCCUCAGCACAGCAGGGAUAUGGAGCUGUUGGAGCAGGUCCACAGAAAGCCUUGGAGAUGCUCUAUGGGCUGGAGCCCCAUUUCCUAUGGAGCCAGGCUGGGAGAAAUCGCUGAGGUUGGGAAAGGGCUCCGUGGUCAUUGAGCCCAAGCUGUGCCCGAUGGCCGCCGCCUUGUCACCCAGCCCGGAGCACUGA